CGGAGUGCAACGCGAGUGGUGAAGCAGCGGCACCCCAUUAUCAGCACCUCCAGCCUCCCAGCUCUUGCGGCAUUCAGCUUCCUAGAUCACGUUGAAACGACGACCAGGAACAACCUCCCUGACGCUUAGUGACUUCGCUAAAGUAUUAAUAGACACAAUCUGACAGUCAGUCUCAAACAUGACCUGUGGCACCACGCCGGUACGCCGUUCACCGAGUGCGCAUGAUCUGCAUGACGCCAUGACUCGCCGAGAUGGGGUCACCGAUCACCGAAACGGUGCCGUGCAAAGCUGCGACCUGCGGAUCACGGACAGCCGCCGAGCCUCCGUAGCCGCCAUAGCCCAUAUACACUCCGCUUUCGAGCGCCACAAUGUCCUCUUAUCUAAAAUGGGCAAGGAUAGUCAACACGCACAUGAGCCAGCCGAGAAGGCCAAACACGGCGUCGACCCCGAGCUGGGCUCGGACGCGUCUAGCACCAACGACGAGUUCGCUCUGCUCGCCGCUAAGGAGGAGGGGCACGAUAUCAAGUUCCGCACGCUGAGCUGGAAGAAGGCGACGCUCCUCCUCUUCGGAGAGUAUGUGUGCCUCGCGAUCCUUGCCUUGCCUUGGAGCUUCAGCGUGCUGGGCUGGGCGCUUGGCCUCAUCGUGCAAAUCGGCAUGGGCCUCAUCACGUGGUACACGAGCUACGUGCUGUGGAAGUAUAUGAUGAAGUACCCACAGGCGCGCGACGUCGCCGACAUCGCAUGCGAGCUCGUGCCCCGCUGGGCACGGCGAUUCGUGUACGAGGCGACAAUCGCCAUGCUCAUUACAAACAAUAUCAUGAUCAUUGGCUUCCAUGUCUUCACCGGUGCCAAAAUCCUCAACACGCUCUCGGACCACUCCGAGUGCACCGUCGCGUUCCAAGGCAUCGCGGCCAUCAUCGGCAUCAUCGUUAGCAUUCCGCGAACCCUCAACCACGUUACCUCGAUGGGUGUGUUCUCCGCCGCGUGCAUGGGCAUCGCCAUCCUCUUAUGCCUCAUAUUCUCAGGCAUUCAGCCCCACCCCGGCGCGGGGUACGGCGGGAAGUACCCUGCCCUCGGGGAGGUGCGCACCGCCGGCGGACUGCCUGGCAACCCCGGCUUCGUAAAUGGCUUCAACGCCGUGCUGAACAUCACGUUCUUGUGGAUCGGGCAGAUCCUCUACCCCUCCUUCAUCGCGGAGAUGAAGGAGCCCCGCGACUUCCCCAAGGCACUCGCGGCACUCACUGCGCUCGAGAUGGUGCUUUUCCUCGUCGUCUCCGUCGUCGGAUACCACUAUCUGGGGCAGUACGCCGAGGCGCCGAUGAUCGGCUCGUUCCUCGAGGUCAAGCACCGCAAGGCCGCGUUCGCGUUCGUCAUCGUCCCCACCGUCAUCAUCGGGGCAAUCUACUCCAACGUUACCGUCAAGGUGCUUCACCGACGAAUCCUCGGCUCGGAGAGCCGGCACAUGCACUCUAACACGGCGGUGGGGUGGCUGUGGUGGGUCGCCAUUACCACGGUGGUUUGGGGCAUCGGCUUCGUCCUCGGCAACGUCAUCCCCUCUAUGGGCGAUUUCCUGAGUAUUAUGAGUGCCGCUUUCGACUCGUUUUUUGGCUUCAUCUUCUGGUCAACCGCAUACUACCACCUCAACCGCGGGCGCCUCUUCAAAGGCGUCUUCCAGACAAUCAUGACGAUCUUCAACGUUUUCAUUUUUCUUAUUGGCCUGCUCAUGCUGGGUCCAGGCCUGUACUCUGCUGUGGACGCCAUCGUUACCGAUUACUCGGGAGCGGUCACGUCGCCCUUUGCGUGUGAUGACAAUGGUCUUUAGCCGCGGCUUCGUUGUAUAUGAUUUGUAUUCAACCAUGAAGGAGCCGACGUGUGCUGGCGUGG